ACAAUGCGACACGUAAGAACAGUACUCGUAUCCAAAGUCAAAGUCUACCUUAUUUUUUAAUUAAAAACAUAUUUUCAUAACAACAACAUUAAAAAUAACCUCUUUGUUUCUUUACUUCGUUUUUGAAAAAUUUUAAAUUCUUAAAAAUAUCUUCAAAUCAGAUUUGCUUCUAUAUUUGAUAUAACAUUCACACACUUCUUAAAACUACCCAUUAACAUUUUGUCGUUCGGACCAUAUUAUAUUUUUUAUAAUAAUGGCUGAUGACGGUGAUAACGUGGCUGUAAUGACAGUGAAAGAACCUCUGGAUUUGAUUAGAUUAAGUCUUGAUGAAAGAAUAUAUGUGAAAAUGAGAAAUGAACGGGAAUUGAGAGGCAAACUUCAUGCUUAUGAUCAGCAUUUAAAUAUGGUACUUGGUGAUGCAGAAGAAACCAUAACUACAGUGGAAAUUGAUGAGGAAACCUAUGAAGAAGUUUACAGAACAACAAAGAGAAAUAUACCAAUGCUAUUUGUGAGAGGUGAUGGUGUUAUAUUAGUGUCUCCUCCAGUGCGUGUUGGUAUUUAAUAAUAAUAAAUUGUAAUUAAGUUAAAAUAAAAAAAUUACUGCAUA